AUGGGUAAGAAACUGAAAACAAAAAGAAGGAGCAAGGAAGAAAAAAAUCAAGAAAUGUCUACCAAUUUAAAAUACCUUUCCUUGGGCAUCCUGGUUUUUCAGACCACAAGUUUAGUCUUGACCAUGCGUUAUUCCCGGACACUGAAAGAAGAAGGACCUCGUUACUUAUCCUCUACUGCAGUAGUUAUUGCUGAACUUCUGAAGAUUUUGGCCUGUGUUCUGUUGGUCUACAAAGACAGCAAGUGCAAUUUACGGACUCUGAACAGAGUGCUACAUGAUGAAAUCCUUAAUAAACCCAUGGAAACUCUUAAACUUGCUAUUCCUUCAGGAAUUUAUACUCUUCAGAAUAACUUGCUGUAUGUAGCAUUGUCAAACCUAGAUGCAGCCACAUACCAGGUUACAUAUCAACUGAAAAUCCUUACCACAGCAUUGUUUUCUGUGUCCAUGUUGAGCAAGAAAUUGGGUGUAUACCAGUGGCUUUCAUUAGUAAUAUUGAUGACAGGAGUGGCAUUUGUGCAGUGGCCUUCAGACUCUCAAGCAACAGCUGCUAAGGAACAUUCAGCAGUUUUUUUUUCAUGCUUUUUUUGUGGAUUUGCUGGGGUUUAUUUUGAGAAAAUUUUAAAGGAAACUAAGCAGUCUGUGUGGAUCAGAAACAUUCAGCUUGGAUUUUUUGGUAGCAUAUUUGGACUGAUGGGUGUAUACAUUUAUGAUGGAGAACAGCUGUCAAAGAAUGGAUUUUUUCAAGGAUACAAUAAACUUACUUGGAUAGUUGUUGUUCUACAGGCUCUUGGAGGGCUGGUGAUUGCUGCGGUUAUAAAAUACGCAGACAACAUUUUAAAGGGAUUUGCAACUUCUCUCUCUAUUAUACUGUCAACAUUGAUCUCCUAUUUCUGGCUGCAAGAUUUUGUCCCUACAAGUGUCUUUUUCUUCGGAGCCGUCCUUGUAAUAGCAGCUACUUUCCUAUACGGUUAUGAUCCCAAACCUGCAGGAAAUCCCGUUAAGGCAUAG